AUGACAAUACCAAGAAUAAAUCUCAUUUCUAGUGAGGGCAAUCUUAUUGUGCCUAACACAGCGAGAUUAGAGUCGAAGAAAUUUGAUAAAGAUUUUAACUUGGAUUUCUUCAAAUUAAACCACAAAGAGAUCAAUAAUGUCACUAAACUUCUAGUCAAAAAUCUAUCAAAUCACUUAAUUAUUGGAACUAAGAAAAGAUUACGCAGUUUGCAAGACAGAUUGCAAGCGGAAGAAGAAGCGAAGCACUAAAGAUCCAAUACUAAGGGCCCAAGAAAGAAAGAAGAGAAGCAUGAGGACAUUCCUAUCACUCAAAGAUGGAAGAAGUAAUCCUAUUUGCAUUUCAAACUACCACUUAACGACUUCAUUGACAGAGAAAAAUCUAAGAAAGAGGUAAGAACUGAUAAGAUACCUCAAGAAGUCUCAAACUACAUUGAAAUAUGUCUUAAAGAUAAAAAGCAUAAAUUUAAGGAUCAGCAAUAACAAUCGAUUCUGUAGUAAGACUAGUCAAUGUUUGGAAGCACAACUGUGCUACACAAAUAGUCAUUAAUGAAUAGAGUUGUAAAAUCAUAACUAGGCAACUAUCAUAAUAACUAACUCAUGUCCAGAAGCAAUUAGAUUCGUAGUUCUCAUAAUAACAUUCUUCUUAGCGAUCAAUAAGACUAUCUUAGCAGAAUUAAUUCUCAAUAAACUCAUUUGCUGUUACCAAAAUUUAAUAAUAACAAGAGACAACUCCUAGCCAAUUAUUAUAAAUCCAUUAACAGAUUAAAACUUAAUGAUGAUCUAUCUCAGACAAUCACUUAAGACAGUACAUUAACCACACCCUCUAAAAUGGAUAGAUUAAAAGUGGAAAAAAUAACUAGAUAGUAUAAAAAGAUAUUUGAAGGCUGUAAAACUGAUAGAGGUAUGACUAAUAUUGGCUUGACCCAGAGACAGAAGCAUCUAGACAAGAAAACCGAUAAUUUGAUACAGAUCAUAAGAGAAUGUGACGACUUGAAAGAUUCGUAUCAAGAAGAAAAAAGGGAGAUGAACGAUUAUCUUGAUUAAGAAUUCGAAAAUUUCUAAAGAAGUCACUUGAGAUAGAGAGAUUUUGCCAAGACUAAAAAGCUUCUAUAUGUGAGUCCAAAAAACAGACUUAGUUUCGAUAAAAUUUUCCCCAAUCUAAAAUGA